GAGAAACCAUUUCAGGGAUUAGGGUUCGUCUCUCUCCGGUGAUUAUUACUCCGUCACUGGAAUCGAUUCCACUUCAGAAGCUGAGAAGUUUGAUUAUAAUGGGGAUGGAUCGUAUGGAUAGGCUAAGUGAUCUACCUGAUGCACUGCUCGUGAAGAUACUAUCCUUACUGCCUACGAAACAAGUCGUGUCAACAAAUGCUUUUGUCAAAAAGAUGGCAGUUUCUUUGGAUGUUUGUGUCAAGACUCGAAUACAAGGACGACGAUAUGUUCCAAGAGGGGAGGUUCUUGCGGUUUCUCUACAGUUCUUUGCUGCUGCACCAAGCUAAGGUUCUUGAGAGUUUUUCUUUGAAGCUUGGUCGAAACUCUUGGGCUGUAGAUCUUGGAGUAUGUGUUACACCUGCUGUUAAUCGCUCUGUGCGUGAGAUGGUUAUCGAGAUUGAUGCUUCUUCUACUGAAACUCAAUUCAUACUUCCGAGGAGCUUGUAUACAACAGGCUCUAGAACGCUUGUGACUUUAAAGCUACAAAACGCGCUUCUUGUGGAUGUGUCAGAGACGGUUUCUUUCCCUUCGCUUAAAACUCUGAGCCUUAUAUCAAUGAAGUACCCACGUGAUGCGUUUUUCCGCACGCUUCUGUCCAGUUGUCCUGUUCUUGAAGACUUGUUUGUAGUCAAAUGCCGCGGUGACAAUGUGGCAUGUUUGGUGGUUAGAGUGCCUUCUUUAAAGUUUCUAACCGUGCGUACCACAGCAGAAGUAGGCUACCAUCAGGGCUUGGUGCUCGAUGUUCCUUCUUUGGAGUUCUUGGACAUUGUUGAUUAUACAGAUGGGUUCUGUGUCGUUGAGAACACUAUGCAUAAGGUUAUAGAGGCCCAUCUUGAUGUGACUUAUAGUCAUCCUCAGCAGCUUCUUGCUUCCCUUACUUCACUCGUGCAGCUUUCAUUAUGUUUAACGACUUCAAUGGAUGCACAUUUCGAUGGAACAAUAUUUAGACAGCUUGAACAGUUGAAAGUAUGUACUUGCGAGACCACCGAAUGGUUGGAUCUACUUAUGCGUGUACUCAAAGCUGCUCCUAAGCUAAGGUUUAUUGUCCUUGAACUGUCUAAGUUCCAUGGCAUUAGAACUGGAGAUCCGAUCCUGGGCUGGAACCAACCGAGUCGUGUUCCUGAAUGUCUAUUGUCUACUCUUGAAUAUUUUGACUGGAGGCAAUACGGAGGAACAGAAGAAGAGAAACAAGUUGAAAGAUACAUCUUAGGAAACUCUGGUCGUUUAGGACUGGCAACUUUCUAUCCCAAAUCGACAAAUCCAGUAAAGAAUCUUCAGAUGCUCAAGGAGUUGUCAAUGUCACCAAGGAGGUCUUCAGUGUUCUGUGGGAAUUACAGUUCCGUCUCAAAGUGAAAAGAUUUAAUUCAACGGACGUGUCUUCGUUUCUUUUAAAGUUUACUGUUUAUUUAAAUAUCUUGAAUGUUUAAUUCUAAUCUGAGAAUAAUCAUUACGUUUUGACUGUGUGGGUAACGGUCAUCUUGACGUUGGACAUUGCUGAAAUCAUUCAUUAUUGUCUCGAGAACUAGCUACAUUAAACACUGUUCAAGUGAUUCCUCAUAUUCAUCCUGUUGUUGAACA